UGGUAUACCACAAUCGUGGCAUACCAAGUAUUGUAAUCGUCGGAAAAACCGACCCUAUUAGAUCGGGCUCAAACUUGGUAUGAGCACGUUUUAGACAUCCCACAUUACGAAAAUGGUGGUGGAAAAUUUUUGAUCCGGCCGGCCUGCCGGCCUGCCGGCCUGCCGGCCGGCCGGCCUGCCGGGCAGGACUCCACAUUUUGCAUUAUAGCUCGAGAACGGUAACAGAUAAAGACUUCGGGUUUGAAGUUUUCUAUAGAAAUGUGGGUGUAAAAUUUCAUUUUUUCGCAUUUUCAAAAUCCAAGAUGGCCGCCGUCCGCCAUUUUGAACCACCGUCAACCACUUCCCUUACAGCUAGAGAUCUGAAAUUUUAGUAUGUUGUAGAGCUUAGUGAGAUGUUUUCAUCAACAAUUCAUACUUGAAAAUCGGUCAAGCGGUUUAGCAAAUAUGGCGGUCUAAAGCAAAAAGUGUUUUUUCGAUAUAACUCGAGAACGGCUUGACCGAUUUUGACCAUCUUAGUAUCAAAUGAAAGGUAUUGAGAAGCCCUACAACUGUCUAGAACAUUCGAAGUUUCAAAAACAUCCGCAAGAGGCGCUAAAAACAAAAACAAAAAUUGCCUAACUUUAAGGGGCUAUAUCUCCCAACAUCUGUUAUCGUUUUCCUUUAAAUUUUGAUAUGUUGUAGCCUGACUCAAUAUCUUUCAUCAGUCCGAAAAUGAAGAAAUUCUAUGUCGCCGUUUAGAAGAUAUAGCCAUUUGAAAAAUUCUUGAAUUUGAAAAGUUCUUAGAGUCAUAUCUCCUGAACUGCUUGACCGAUUUUGCUCAACUUGAUAUCAAAUUAAAGGUUUUGCAAAACUCUACAACUUUCUGGAACAUCAGAAACCUCUAAAACCAUUCCUUGAGGACAAAAAGUGCAAAAAACUGUUUUCGUAGAACAAAAAUCCGCCAUUUUGUGUUCUGGAGGUGACCUUGAAAUGUAUCUAAAUGUAUGUCAGAUUAUAGCUUAUUUCAAUACCUUUCCAUAACUAAUCAUGAAAUUUCUGUAAGUCUAAUAGAACUUGAGAUAUGAGCAUUUUUAUCCAUAAAAAUGCUGAUUUUCUAAGAGAAAUUGGACUCUCAUCCAUUUAUGCCUAAUUUAAAAAUAUGUUUUUGUAAUUAAAAGAUUUUUUUCACAUGUAAGAUUAUUAUUUCUCUAUAUUUUUGAAUUAUUUUAUUGUUUCUCAUUCUUUUUCGAUUUUUUGAGCUUUUUAACGGGAAAGAUAAUUCAAAUUUCUUCACGCCAAUCGCAGCAACUAACGAUUUAUCGACAAAGUCAAAACAAUACAAAAUAAAAAAAAGAGUCACACAAAAGAAAAAUCAGUGAAAAGUUUUUGAGGUUUUAAAGCUUUAAGUGAGAUUUAAAUAAAACCAAGUGCUGUAAUAUGGAAGGAGGAAGAAAGGAGAGAACUGGCCAAGGUGGCCGCAUGAUGGGAAAAACAUUUUCGUCGCAGAAAAAGGUACGUUUCUUUCAAUGAAAUAAUGACUCGCUAUCCGUGGAAGAAAGAAUGAUCCAUUUCGUUUUACAAAAUUAAACUUUUGAGUUAAUUUAUGUACUUAUUAGAUAGGGUACAAUAGUAUUUAGAUGGGAAAAUGUAAUAUAAGAUUUAUUAAGAAUUUUUUAAAAGAACAUGGACACAUUUUAGCUGUAUUCGUUUCAGAUACAACUUUUGUGUACCGAGCAAAAUCGAAUGUCGUCAGAUCGGUCUCAAACUUGGUAUGAGCGCGAAUUAGGGUCCCCACAUUCCAAAAAAUAUAUGUACCUAAAUCUAUUUUUCGUGAUAAGCCGUCCGGGUCAAUUUUAAUCAACUGAAAAAUCCCUACAAUUCUCUAGAAGAUCGAAAAUACCAAAAACGACCAGCCUAAAAGCGAAAACAAAUUUUUGAAUUAGUUUUCAAUGAAUAUCAUGAAAAUGCUUUUAUCAAUUUGCUUCAAAUUUUAAUGUAUUAAAAUAAAUAUAAUAAAUUAUUUCUAUAAAAAAAAUGGAAAAAUUAAUGUCAACAUUUUAUUUAUAAUUGGAUGAUUUAGUUUUUCCUUGAAGUUUUCUCUAAAAAUAAAUUUAUUUUCCUUGAAUUUUUUCCAAAAAUUAAAUUUUUUUUACAGGACGAAAAUGUUCGUUGCGGUGCCAGUAGUUUAGGAGCAACACGUAAUUUGUGUUGCGCCCUAAUCACUGAAGCCUUCCCGAUCGUCUCGUGGUCGGGAAGGAUCCCGGCGUGGAUCAAAAAAUGCAAAAUCAAAAAAAUCAAACACACACACAAAAUAAAAUAUCCAAACAAAUUUAAACACAUUGUAAAAACAAAAACAAAAAACAAAAAUAAAAACACACAUACAAAAAUUAAUCUAAAAAAAAUUAAACAUUUAAAUAAAUCAAAUUACUCACAAAGAAAAACAUAUUUUAAAAAAUUAGUAAAAAUUCGUAUGAUGAAACCUCUAAAAUUGUAUGGAGGCAGAUUCAAAAAGAAAAAAGUACACUUAGCUAAAAAUAAAAAUUACUUUGAAAAAUUAGGUAUUGUAAAGCCAAACAUAUUAAUAAGAGGAUCUUAUUACCAAGAUAAUUUAAGACUUUUUGGUCCUUAUUCAAAUAAUAAACAAUGUACGGCAAAUGCCAUAAUAGCAAUAAUUGCGUCACAUUUGUAUGAAAUAGAAAAUUGGAAUGAAAAACUUAUAAAUGAUAUACUAAUAGAAGGAAAUAAACUUUAUAAUAUAAAAAUUGAAAGAACGUGUGAAGGCUUACUGAAUGCUGAAGACAUUGUAUAUAAAGAUGAUAAAGUAAUUUCUGUGUUUGGAAAGAAACUUACUUUAAAUUGUAUAACAUCAUGUUAUGAAAACUUGCAAGGAGAAUUUUAUGGAAAAUUUGAAUACAAAACUUUUCAAUAUUCACUUAAGUACUUUUUUGAAAAUUUCACUUAUGGUGUAAUUACUUGUUCCAAUUUGAGUGUAGCAAUAUUUAAACAAGAUGAUUAUUAUUAUGUUUUUGAUAGUCAUUCAAGAGGAGAGUUUGGUCAAACUGUAUAUGAAAAAGGUACAGCAGUUCUUUGUGGAUUCACUUGUAUAGAACAUUUAUAUAAUAUUUUGAAAUAUAAUUUCUUUAAUGGCAGUGAGGAUUAUGUUGGUGAAAAAUUGUUCACAAUCACUCCUUUUGAAAUAUUGGCAAAUAAUAUUCAAAAGGACUGUGAAAAUGUUGAACAAUUUGGCAUCAUGAAUUCAAAUACAAAAAAUAUAAAUGUAAUUAAUAACUUUAUAGACGAAAGUUCUAAUACACAUGACUUGAAAAAAUCUACAAGUCAUACAAAACAUUCGAAUAGUAAAUAUAUACUUAAAAAGAAACGAGAACUCCAUAAAGCUUAUAUGAAGAAAGUACAUGAAAUUGAACGAACAAAUCCGAAUAAAAAAGAAGAAUGUAAUAUUAAGAAUAGGAUAAGGCACAAAAUUGAACGAACAGACCCAGUUAAAAAAGACAAAGAUAAUGAGAAACGAACAAAAAGACGUAAAAUAGAAGAGUUAGACCCAAAGAAAAAAGAGAAAAAUAAUGCUAAAAGAUUAGAGAGACACAAAAUUGAACGAACAGACCCUAAUAAAAAAGAUAAAGACAAUACUAAGAGAAAGAUAAGACACAAAAUUGAACGAACAGACUCUAAUAAAAAAGAAAAAGACAAUAUUAAGAGAAAGAUAAGACACAAAAUUGAACGAACAAACCUAGUUAAGAAAGAAGAAGAUAACUAUAAACGAACUAAAAGACGUAAAAUAGAAGAGUUAGAUCAAAUGAAAAAAUUAAAAAAUAAUAGUAAAAGGAAAGAGAGACACAAAAACAAACGAAACGAUCCUGUUAAGAAAGAAGUAGAUAACUAUAAACGAACUAAAAGACGUAAAAUAGAAGAGUUAGAUCAAAUGAAAAAAUUAAAAAAUAAUAUUAAAAGGAAAGAGAGGCACAAAAACAAACGAAACGAUCCUGUUAAGAAAGAAGUAGAUAACUAUAAACGAACUAAAAGACGUAAAAUAGAAGAGUUAGAUCAAAUGAAAAAAUUAAAAAAUAAUAUUAAAAGGAAAGAAAGACAUAAAAUUGAAAGAACUAAUAAGAAUAAAAGAGAUAUUGAAAACGUUAAACGUAAAAAUCGCCACAAAAAAGAAAGAAUGGACCCUAAGAAAAGGGCUAAAGAAAAUCUAGCAAGAAAAAUAAGACUUAAGCUAGAACGUAAAAGAGCUAAGAUUAAAAAUAUUAUUAAAAUAUUAAGAUAUGAGAAAUCGAUGAAUAAGAAAACAAAUAUAUUGGAAGAUUUCAAAUCAAUUAAAGAUAAACGUUUGAUUACUUUCUAUAAAAGAAAUAUUAAUACAAAUAGAUUGAAAGAAAAAUACAAAAUAAUUCGAGAAAUAAAGGAUAAAGAUAAAAAUAAUGUAACUGAUAAUCCGCCUAAAAGCAAAGAAACAUAUGAAAAAUUGAUAAUGCAAUUUAGAAAAAAUAAAACAAAAUCUCUUGAAAAAAUUAUUAAGAAGCCUCUAAAGAAGAAGCUAAGUAAAUACAUGAAACAUAAGAUCAUUCAAAUUAAAGACAAAUCUAAAACUAUAUUAGAAUUUUUCAAUGUAACUCGAAAAAAAGUUCCAAAUUAUGUUUGUGCAUCUUGUGAAGGACUAUUUUUUAAACAUUCAGUUCAACUUUUGAAGAUUGAAAAAUGUAAAUAUCACGAUAAGAAUUAUUUGGAUGAAAUAAGUAAAAUAUCUGAUUACUGUUGUACAACAUGCUAUAAUUCUCUUAAUAGAAACAAGUUGCCCACAUUGGCAACCAAAAAUGGACUAAAAUUUCCAGAUAUUCCAGAAUGUCUAUUAGAAUUGAACGAACUUGAAGAGAGAAUGUGUUCACCAAUUAUACCUUUUAUGACAAUUCGUGAAUUGAAGCAUUACCUUUUGAAUGCGCAGAAAAGUUUGAAAGGAAGUACUGUACAUAUUCCUGUAGAAGUUAAUGAAAUGCUACAAGUUCUACCUCGAACGUUUGAUAAUAUGCAAACCGUUCAGGUAAAACUACUAAGACAUUUAAAAUAUAAAAAUCACUACAUGUUUCAAACUGUUAGACCCCCAUAUAUUAUAAAAGCUAUGAAAUAUUUGGUAACAACACCUUUGUACAAAGAAAAAAAUAUUAAACUAGAUGAAAAAUAUGUAAAUCUUAAUGAAAAUGUUGAUGAAAUUAACUUUAUAGUAGAUCCCAAAGAUGAUGAAGUUGAUAUAUAUGAUAAAGAAACACAAAGGAUAUUUAAUAUAUAUGAUGCCGAAACACAAAAAAUAUUUAAUAUAUAUGAUCUUGAGACACAAAAACUGGAUGAUGUUUAUGAUAAAAUGACACAAAAAAUAAUUGAUAUUUAUGAUUUGGAAACACAAAAACUGAACGAUGUUUAUGAAAAAGAGACGCAAAAAAUUAUUGAUAUAUAUGAUGUGGAAACACAAAAAAUAGAAAAUGAAAAUGUAAUUAAAAACACAAUUGAUUUAACACAAAUGACAAACGAAUUAAAUAAUAAUCCAACUGUAGAACAAAAUGAAAAUGACUUGAAAAAUAUUUUGGAAGAAACUAUUCUUAAAGAUACAAAUAUAUUAAAAUUUUGGCAAUUAGCCAAUAAACAAUUCCCUACAAAUGUAAUGCAAGAUCUCCUUUAUAUAAAUGCAGGAGAAUUGCAAAGACAACAAAGAACUUAUGUAAAGAAAUUUCCAAAAGAUUGUAGAAACAUACAAAUACUAUUUUUGAAGCCAACACAACCAAAUGGCAUAGGACAUUAUGUAACAACUUUACAUGAAAAUGGCACUAUACAUGUAUACGACUCUCUAUAUUUGCAAAAUCUUGACCAAGAUUGUAUUAAUUUUCUAAAUGAUAUAUACCCAGAAUCUCUUGUAGAUGGAAAAUUGCAAAUUAAAUUUGAGAAAACAUUUCAACAAAACGAUGGCUUAUCAUGUGGAGUACAUGCAAUAGCUAAUACUGUAACCCUUCUCUAUAAUCUUAAUCCAAGCCAUAUGUCAUACAAUGUAAAAGAAAUGAGAAAACAUUUGUACAAUAUGCUCUGUUCUCAAAAAAUCGCUAUGUUUCCUGUCAAUUUAGAAAAACAAAAUGAUGUACUUAUGAAAGAUAUUUUAAUAACUAAUUCACAAAUUAAAACACAACCUAAAAAUACUGAAGAUGACAGAGAAAAAAUACUAGAAAAUUGUUACCUUACUGAUAAACAUAUAUAUGAUUUUUGGAAUCAAGCAAAUGAUCAAUUUAUAAAUAAUGUAAUGCAAGAUAUUUUGUUUAUAGAUGCUGAAUCUCUUAAACAACAACAAGAGUAUAUACAAAAAUUCCCUAAAGAUUUUAGAAAUGUUCAAAUACUCUUUUUGAAACCAAAAUACGAAAAUGAAAUUGGUCACUAUGUUACGACCCUACACGAAAAUGGCAUAAUAUAUGUAUAUGAUUCCCUAUUUUUGCAAAGACUUGAUCAAGAUUGCAUAAGGUUUUUGAAAACUAUAUAUCCAGAAUCAAUACAAAAUGAUCAAAUUGAACUUAAGUUUGAAAAGACUUUUCAACAAAAUGAUACUUUAUCUUGCGGUGUACAUGCAAUCGCUAAUUCCGUAACCCUUCUUCAUAAUCUAAAUCCAAGCAAUAUAUCGUAUAAUGUUAAAGAAAUGCGAAAACACUUGUAUAACAUGCUUAAUACAAAAACUAUAACGAUGUUUCCUAUUGAUUUGCAAAAAGAAACAGAAACUAAAUCUCAAGAUAUUAUUACAAGUAAAGUAAAGAAAAAUAAUAUACCAGUUAAACAAGAAAAUCCUGAAGAAGUACCAGAUGAAUUUGAUCUUAUAAAUGAAGAUAUAAUGAUUCUUAAUUUGACCGAUAUUGAAAUAAAACAAGCUCAAAUUCAAAUGAUGGCCCCUGGCAUGAACAAACGUCCUGUUUAUUCACGUACAGAAAAAAAUUUGGAAGAAUUGUCAUUUAUAAAAAUUUAUGGAGGUCAGAAGAUAGAAAAUCAAAGUAUCUCAUAUUCAAACCGCAUUAAAGCUGAAUGUAGAAAUAGAGAUAGAAGAUGCGCAGAUCCAACUAAAGUUCUUUAUUCAGCUAAUGAAAAAAUGCAAAGAUCCAUUUUUAGUGCAGUAAAUGUUUGUUUGAGAAAAAGUAAGAAUGUCGAAAAUAUGACGGCAAAUGAUGCACUUACUGAUGGAUAUUUGGAUAAACUUAGAGAACAUGAUGAUGGUUAUAAUUUCCUAAAAACUAUUAAUCUUACACCUGCUUAUUGGGCAUGGAAAAAGAAUCUCCUUCUCCAAAUGAUAAAACAACUAGGGAAACCUACAUUAUUUUUGACACUAACCAUAUCAGAAACGCGUUGUCCAGAACUCAUUCAAGAACUUGCUAGACUCCAAGGAAUGAAUCUAUCUCUUGAAGAAAGUAUGUUCUUGAGUGAAGACAUGAAAACACGUCUAGUUCGCGAUGACCCAGUAACUUGCGCACGAUAUUUUGAUGAAAAAUGUAAAAAUAUAAUAAAAAUGCUGCAAAUUAAUCCAGCAAGAGAAAAGAAUAGAAUAGGUCCCUUUGGUAAACAUUAUGUAGUUGAUUACUUUGUAAGAACAGAAUUCCAAAUGCGAGGAAGUGCCCAUCAACAUAUUUUGUUGUGGCUAAAUGAUUUCCCACAAAUUGAUGAAAGUAAUCCUGAAACUUUUGAAGAAGCAAUUAAAAUAAUUGAUCAAAUAAUUACUUGCCAAUAUAAAGACCCAGAAAAUUUGCCAUAUAUUAGAAGACAAAUGCACAUACAUUGUAGUACGUGCUAUAAAAAGAAGAAAGAUAAGUGUAGAUUUAAUUAUCCAAUUCCACCCCUUGAUAAAACUGAAAUACUUUUGCCAAUAGCAAAAGAAGAAAAAACUGAAAAGAUGAAAGAAAAUUAUCAAAAAAUUGCAAAUCUAACAGCAUAUUUUUCACAUAAGCACGAAGAAAUGAAUUUCCCUGAUAUUUUGAAAAAACUUAAAAUGACUAGAGAAGAAUAUAUAAUGGCUUUGAGAUCUAGUAUUAAACGUUCACGCAUGUUUCUUAAACGUUCAAGUAAAGAAGUAAAUAUAAAUGCGUACAAUGAAAGCCUAAUAAUGUGUAUAGAAUCAAAUAUGGAUAUACAAUUUGUUGUAGAAAUUUUUGCUCUAGCUAAAUAUGUUGCUGAUUAUGUAUCAAAAGCUGAAGCAGGAGUAUCAAAAAUGUUGAAAGAAAUUAAUGAUGAUACUAAAAAGCAAGGAAAUGUAACAUUGAGAGAAAAAAUGUGCAAAAUGUGUAAUGGUAUAUGUAAUUGUAAAUUUAUGUCAGCACAAGAAGCUGCUAUGUCAUGUCUAUGUAUGCCUAUGUCAAGAUGUAGUAGAUCAAAUGUUGUAAUUAAUACUAGACCAAUUAAUGAACGGGUCAGAAUUUUGAAACCGAAUGCACAACUAAAAAAAUUGGAUAAAAAUUCCAAAAAUAUAUUUGCUGAAAGUAUUUUUGAUAAAUAUAGUAAGCGAGAUAAUGAGUUGGAAAAUGUAACACUCAUUGAAUACGCAGCAGAUUAUUAUAUGAAAAAGAAAACAGAUGAAGAAGAAAACGAUGAUGAUGUUACAGAAUAUGGUAUGAGAAAAAAAUCAAAAAUUGUAAUGUAUAAGGGAUAUAAAGAAUUUCAAGAUCCCAAUAAUUAUUAUCGAGAACAAGUUUUGCUAUUUUUACCAUGGCGAAAUGAAAAAGAAGAAAUUGAAGAUUGUGACUGUAGAAUUAAGUAUAUGAACAAUAGACAAACCAUAAAUGCUGUAAGAAAGAAAUUUUGUUACUUUAACGAUGAUGGUGUAUUGACACAAAUUAUAAGAGAUAGAGAAAAUGAGAAUGAAGAUGAUCAUGUCCCAGAAAGAGAUAAUCCUGUGGAUUCUGAUCAAGAAAUUGAUAUGUUUCCCGAUGAAAAAGGUGGUACUACAAGCAAUAAAAAGGGAUAUCAAUAUGUUUGCCCAGAAAGAAUUCAAAAAGAAGAUAUUUGUAAAAAUUUGCAACAACUAAAUGUUAAACAACGUGAAAUAGUAAUGUAUAUUUAUCAAUGUAUAAGAACUGGCAAUUUACCACUAAGGAUUUUCCUCUCCGGUUCAGCUGGUGUUGGAAAAUCCAAAGUGAUCAAUUGCCUAUAUCAACUCAUUACACAGUACUAUGAUAAUUUGCCAGGUAGUAACCCUGAAUCCAUAAAAGUACUUCUAACUGCCCCUUCAGGAAAAGCAGCAUUUUUGAUCAAUGGUAUGACAAUACAUACUGCCUUUGCAAUUAAUAAUACAAAAUGCACAGACUCUUUGUCGCCUGAUGCAGCCAAUACAAUUCGAUCAAAAUUGAAAGAUGUACAAGUACUAAUUGUAGAUGAGAUAUCUAUGGUAGGUUCAAAUAUAAAUUCUAAAAUGGAUAAUAGAAUGAGACAAAUAUGUGGCGUAAAUGAAAGUUAUGGCGGAAAAUCUGUCAUAUUUGUAGGAGAUUUGAAACAAUUGAAACCUGUAAAGGAUAAAUACGUUUUUGAGAAAAAUCUAUUGCAUACCGAUGCUGAAUUUGUUGAUUAUGAGGAACGAAAUGUACUAUGGGAAGAAUUUAAGUAUUAUGAAUUGACUGAAAUUAUGCGUCAAAAAGAUGAUUUGUCAUUUACCGUAGCACUAAAUAAUUUGGCUAACGGUACAAUGACAGAAGACGAUAUAAAACUAAUUCAAUCAAGACAAGUUGAAAAUGAUGAUAAAGUACCCUUAGAAGCUAUAAGGCUAUUUUAUUAUCGAAAACAUGUCCGAAGCUACAAUAAUAAUAAAAUUGAAAAUUUCCCUGGUGACCCUCACUUAUCAGUAGCUAAAGAUAAAGUAUUAGAAUCAAAUACCACAGAUAAAAAGGCUAAAGAAGAUAUACUAGCCAAAGUUGCAAUUCAAGACCCAGAAAAAACUGGUGGAUGUAUGUAUGAAUUGAAAUUGAAAAUCGGUAUAAAGUAUAUGGUUAUUAAUAAUAUAGAUGUUGAAGAUGGACUAGUUAAUGGUGCAACUGGUACUCUUCGACAUAUAACUUUCAAUCCAACCGAUAAUUCAGUUCACACUGUUUGGCUAGAAUUUCCAGAAGAUAGAGUAGGAAGAAAAUUAAAAUGUCAAGCUCGCUUUCAGAGCUACCUCACAAAGAAUAAUCUUCCAAACAAUCUUGUUCCAAUUGAAAGACAAGUAAUAACAUUUGAUUUUUCAGAAAAAUCAAAAACUGUUAUGAUUGCUAGAAAACAAUUGCCACUAAUACCAGGUGAGGCCGUAACUAUACAUAAAAGUCAAGGGCAGACAUAUAAUUCCAUUUGUAUUGACUUUACAAAAGGAGAGCUGCUAAAUAUUAAUCUAAUUUAUGUUGCAUUUAGCAGAGUUGUAUCACUAUUAGGUUUGUUUAUAAUUGGCAAAUUUAAAGUACCAAAGGCCCAAGGUGAAGAUCACCCAAUACAGAGAGAAAUGAAAAGAUUGAAAAAUGAAAAAUUACUCAUAAUUCCUAUGCAAAAGAUUCUAUGUGAAAAUAAAGAUAAGUUUAAAAUUUGUUAUCAAAAUAUUGUAUCCCUAAACAAACAUUUUAAUGAUGUAAAAUGUGACAUUUGGUACAAAAACUUUGAUAUAAUUGUACUCUCAGAAACAAAAACUAUAAAAGAUAUUGAUGUACCAAUUUUGGAAAAUUAUAAAAUUAUCUAUAGAUGUGAUAAUGAGAUUCAAAAAAUUGGAGGACUACUCUGUUAUGUAAAGAAUGAUUGUGAAAUUGAAAUUAAAAUCAAAUCUGAACAACUUUACUCAAAUAGAGAAAAAGUUUUCAGUGUCACCCUAUUCCUAAUUGAAAUUAAUAAUAAUUUGUCAAUAAUCACUGGAUAUAAAUCACCACAAACUCCAUUUGCAAAGUUUAAGAAUUCAUUUGAGAAUUUGUACUCUCAAGUUGCAAAUCAGUCUGAGGUGAUAAUAAUGGGUGAUUUUAAUUUUAAUACAUAUGAAGGCAAGGAAGACAAGAAUUUUGUAAAACUAAUGAAAGAAUAUAAUUUGAGCAAUCAAUUGGAUCCUAAAGGAUCAACAACAAAAUGUGACAAUCAAUUGGAUGUAAUUUUUUCAAAUAUUGUAAAUCCCAUUGUCACAGGAAUUUAUGAAAGUUACUUUUCAGACCAUAAGCCUGUAUAUUGUAUGUUAAGUAUAUAAUUUAAAAACUAAUUGUAUGAAAAUUGUAACAGCCAUAAAAAGCUGCACCAAAUAUACAACCAGUGAAAGGACUUUUCCACCGUUUUGUCCUGGAGGUUGGAAGCCAACGCUAAG